AUGCUCUUGAUAUUCACAUUGUUAUUCUCUCUAGGGCAGAGUGAAUUGGUCUAUCUUGGAUACAAGAACUACACAAUGGCAAAGAAGGAACACUAGCCUUUGAUUGUCUUCUAUUACGGAGAUGACAAACAAUCUAAAAAGUUUCUAGAUGAUUUCAUAGCCAUUGCCACAGGACAACACAGCCUCCAAAAAACAGGCUCAUAUCCAACAAAUAUCAAUUUUGGACUCGUUAACUCUGUUGAAGAAAAAAAACUCAUGGAAAAAACUUAGAUCUAAGUCACUCCAUCAAUCUUUCUAUUUUAUGCCGACACUUAAAAAUAAAAGUAUUCUGGAGCCUAUAAUGCAUAAGCCUUCCUAAACUGGCUAAAGAAGACUUACAGAGAUUCUCCAGAAUUAAAUGAGUUUUACCCAUCAUCUCUCCUUCAAAAAUGGGAUCAAUUUGUUAACAAAAUUAACAGUUUCUAGUUAAUUGCCUUCUUAGCCACUCCUGAAUACAGAGUCUCCCCUUUGAAGGCUUUCGUCUAAGCAGCCAAACAAUUACCAUAAGGAUAUGUUUUUUGUCACAUCUUCAAUGCAGAGUUGUACUAACAUUUAGGAUUGAAAAAAGAGGAAAGUGGUCUUGUUAUUUAUAGUAAAUUGGAAGAUCUUGAAGAUAUCAGCGAAGAGAAGACUAAGAAAUAUCAAACUUAUUUGCAUAAAUUUAAGGGAGACAUUAAAAAUACUGAUGAAAUCCUUCAAUUUUUAAAGAUCUAUGCUUUUAAAAAAGGAUUUGUCUAUGUAGAUGAUACUAAAUUCUAGAAGUUAUCCAGAAGAGUAGACUUAUUGCCAUCAGUUAUUUUAUUAUACAAUAAAACAAAUCCUGAACAUGAGCAAUAUGUCUAAAAGAUGCAAGAUGCUAGAUAUCCCUUAUUAAAUAAAGCUAUUGUAGGUGUUCUUGAUGUUAAUGGAGAUUGCGAAGAAAGAUUAGAGAGAGUUUAUGAAAUUAAUGUCAAUACAACUUAAUUACCAUAAUUGAUAGCCAUGAAACCAAUUGAUGAUAACAGAUUCUACAAAUAUAAAAAUGGACCAGCAGAUCCAAUUUAAUUUUAUGAACAAAUUUCAUCAGGAUAAAUAAAACCCUUCUAUAGAGACGAAGGCAUUUUAUAAAAUUUAUAUGAUGGUGCAGGAAUCUAUAAGUUGACUAGAUCUACUUAUUAUCCAUUCAUUAAAGAACAAAAUGAUAAAGGUGUAGAUGUUAUUGUUACAUACACUGCUAAGAAAUGUUAACCAUGCAAAGAUUUUAGACCAGAUUAUAAUGAAGUGUUUAAGCAGCAUAAAUAAGCCAUUGAAGGCAAAGUUAUUUUUGCAAGAUGCGACAUUGAAAAUAAUGAGAUUGAUGAUCUUCAUAUUGAUAAUUACCCUCACGUUAAACUAUAUGCAGCUGGAAAAGAACAUCCAUUUACAUUACACUUAUAAAAGACAGAAGAGAAUUUGACUUAAUGGUUAAGCGAAUAAAGCAAUUACGGAAGUAUCUUCAAAGUUAAAGCUGAUUUGUGAAAUUAAUUAUAAUUUAUGUUAAAAUAAAUCAUCAAUUAAUGUUAAAUCAA